AGGGUUGUCGUAUGAGGCUGUGAAGUAGCAUUCCACACAUCUCCUUUUAGUUUGUCUUUUUAACUUAUUUGCUUGGCUCUUGUGUAGUCACGUGAAUGACUCAUUGUGUUAUUAUACCUUAGACCUGAUCUCUGCCAAACCUGCAGCUGCCUGAUGAUCUCUGCAGCUUUCUUUCAUCCCCUCUCUCUUUAAAAUAGGUUUAGCUCUCCAUCAUACAAGCCUUUUUGCUUCCCAUUCUCUAUCUCUCUCUCAUUUCAAACAUCUUCCACCUUUACUGGACAAGAAGAAAAAGGUUCUGCUUCUGUCAUUCUCUUCUUUUCUUUUCUUGAUCUUUCUUCUUAUUCUUCUUCUCUCCAUGACUCCACCUUACCAUAGAACACCACCUUCUCCUAAUUUUCCUUUAGAUCUUAACGAAGAUCAUCAGCAUGACCACCACCUCUUUCUUGCCAAACCACAAGCUUACUCUUCGUCUUCUUCUUUUUCUAGCCGUAUUUCCUUUAACCAUGCUGAUCAAGAUCAAAGAGGAAGUUACUACUAUUGGGAAUCAAAGCACUUCCAAAAUGAUCAAGAGGGUGGAUCAUGUGAUCCUCUAACGCUGAAGGAUGAAAGUGCGAAUAAUGGACUCAAAGUCACUAUUUUGAACAAAGAGAACAAUAAAAUUGAAGACCAAAGCGAGACUAGUUCAGCAAAGUGGAUGCCUUCAAAGAUGAGAAUGAUGAGGAAGAUGAUAACUUCAGAAGGAACGGGUUUGGAUAUACCACUUAACCCUAUGCAGAAGUUUGAAGAUCAGAAGAAGUCAAAACCUCCAAAUAAUUGUGAGAAUGAUAACAUGAGCAGGAAUCAUUCUUUGAACAGCAGCAGCAACACCGCAAUUAGAGUUUGUGCAGACUGUAAUACAACAAAGACCCCUCUUUGGAGGAGUGGCCCGAGAGGCCCCAAGUCUCUUUGCAACGCCUGUGGAAUUCGGCAAAGGAAAGCGAGGCGAGCAAUAGCAGCAGCGGCCAAUGGCACGAUUCUUGAAGCAAAGCCACCAUCUAUGAAGAGUGCUGCUUCUGCUAACGUGCAACACAAGGAUAAAAGAUCCAGCAAUGGUUAUGUUCCGAAAUUCAAGAAGUGCAAGCUCAGUACUACUACUCCUACUACCACCACCCAAUCUCAUCAUCAUGGCAGAAAGAAGCUUUGUUUGGAGGAUUUCACCAUAAGUUUGAGUAAAAAUUCAGCCUUUCAACGAGUUUUCCCUCAAGACGAGAAGGAAGCUGCGAUCCUUCUCAUGGCUCUAUCUUAUGGCCUUGUUCAUGGUUGAUUAUCAGUACUCAACAUAUGAUCUGUCUUUUGGAGUUAAUUAGAUUAUUUUCUCUUAAUUAAUAUAGUUAUAUUAGAACUCGAGAACAUCUGUGUGAGUGAGAAAUUACGAGAUCUUGUUAGGAUCUAUAAUCCAAGCAAAUAAAAGUUCUGGGCUACAGUACUACUGAGUACUACCAUACAUGAGGCUAUGGUAGAUUUGAACAUGUUGAUAACCAAAAUAUGGGGCUGAUUUUGUUCAUCUAUAUAUCUCAUUAAUCAUAAUAAAAUAUCCAAGCUGGUUGCUUUUCA